AACCAUUGACAUCUGCCAUGACCACUUCGGGUGGUACUUGGGCUGGGGGGACUGCGUCUGGCUGCCGUACCUCUACACGUUACAGGAAGAGAAAAUGUCACUGAGCAAGACCACCAAUUGCUGAAUAAUCACCAAUGCCCUUGAGACUCAGGCCACAGCUGCCUCAUCUCCUCCCAGGGCCGCAGAGCCCUGACCCGGCCACACACAGCGCCAUGAGCAUGCCCCUCGUCUGCGACUACGGCUCCGGCUUCUCCAAGGUGGGCUUCUCAGGAAUGGACGCGCCCGUGGCCAUGUUCCCGACCAUCCUCGGGAAACUUCGGCAUGAUAACCCGCUGGUGGGGCUGGAAGAGGAAGACUGGUUCAUCGGGGAGGAGGCUCAGGAAGGACGAGCGAAGCUCAGCCUGCAGUCCCCCAUCUCUCGGGCCACCGUUACCAACUGGGACAGCAUGGAGAAGAUCUGGCAUCACUCCUUCUACCAGCUGCUCCACGUGGCCCCAGAGCAGCACCCUCUGAUGCUCACAGAACCACCUUUAAACAGCAUAUCCAACAAAGAGAAAGUGUCGCAGAUCCUGUUUGAGACCUUCAACGUGCCUGCCCUGUAUUUAGCCAACCAAGGAGUCCUGUCUCUCUAUGCCUCGGGCCUAACGACUGGAACAACCAUCGAAUCUGGAGAAGGAAUGACAUACUUCGUGCCCAUCACUGAUGGCUGUCCUCUGCACCAGUCGACCAUGAAGAUGGACAUGGCAGGCCAAGAUAUAACCUUGUACCUCCUGCAACUCCUGUCAAAAAGGGGGCACUCGUUUACGGGCACAGGUGACCGGGAGUACAUCCGGGACAUGAAAGAGAAAUGUUGCUAUGUGGCUUUGGACUUUGACAAGGAAAAAAUAGAAGCCCAUUCACCUUCUUCCACACAGAAAUAUCAGCUGCCUGAUGGCCGGGAGAUCGACAUUGGGCCAGAGAGUUUCUUCUGUCCCGAAGUGCUUUUCCAGACAGACCUCAUAGGGCGACACAGCCUGGGUAUCCACAUGACCGCCUUCCGCAGCAUCAGCUCCUGCAGCCCCGCCCUCUGGAAGAGCCUCUUUGGCCACGUGGUGUUUUCCGGAGGCACAGGCUCCUGCUUAGGCCUGAGGUUCCGGAUGCAGAGAGAGCUCUCAACACUGGUGUCCCCCACCAUUCACGUGAGGGUGUCCACCUGUCCCUACUCUGUAUACGGCGCCUGGGCAGGCGGUUCCAUCCUGUGCUCACUCUCUACCUUCAAAGACAUGUGGGUCACCAGCAAGGAGUAUGAGGACAUUGGUUCUGCCGCCAUCAGUAGGAGAGCUUUCUGAUUUGUGGCUUUCUGGACCCUGUCACCUGUCCCAUCAGCGCCAAUUCUGGGCUGAGCCUUGGCUGAAUCCAUCAGAGCUUAGACCCAACUCAAACGUGAGGCUGGCUUUUCCAACUCCAGACGUCAAUAAAAAGGGUCACUAAAGGCCUGCUGCAUCUUGGGGAAUGCUCACAGGGCGCUCACCACAUUAAUGCAGAGUCAUGAAGGGGAGGGGAUUUCUGGUGCCCCCGGUGUAUCAGUCAGGGUGGCUAAGCUGUGCUGCAGUGACAAACAUCUCCCAAAUCUCAGUGCCAUAAAAUGAGUCUAUUUCUCACUCACGCAGCAUGUCCACGGAAGGUCAGCAGGGGCUGUCUCCUGCAUUGUCCUCACUCCAGAACCUGGCUGACGGAGCAGACACCAUCUAAAACAUUGUCAUUCAUGGUGGGUGACCAUCAGAGUGCCACUGUGGCCCUUUAUUGGUCAUAAAAUGCUCCAGCCCAGGAGGGACACACGACACAUCAGCUCACAAUUAAGUGUCUAGAACAAGUCACAUGUCCCCAAACAAGCACGAGGGGCCAGGAGGGGCCAUCCUGCCAUAGACCUGGCAGACCCCUCUGGUAGGAAGGGCACAGAUGCUCUGGGUCCGUGGGGCCACAGUCAGGGCGCGUCCAGCGUGCACACGAUCAAGGGACAUUCCUCCCAUCCUGAACCGAAUUUGAUCCUCCUGACGUUCCUGCAAGAUGGCUUUUAUUAAAAGCGGUUUCAUGAUGCAGGGACUGGAGCUAGGAGAAGUUAAUUAACUUAAUCAAGGCCAUUUGGGCCUUGACGGAGUUUAAAUGUGUAGAUAACACCUACAGGACACAGGAAGGCAGGAACCAUGGACAUCAGAGCAGCCGUCCCCAGGACCACCGAGGGCUGGACGGAGCUACUGGAGAGCCCGACAGGCACGCUGCCUGAUGAGGGUGCGGGACGCGAGAGACAAGGAAUACAUCCUGUUAGAGAUGGUGACAGGAAACAGCACAGACAGCGCGCCUAGACAAGUGUGACUUUAGAAAUACAGCCAGGGGCCGGCCGAG